GAAGAUGGAAGCGAAGUUCUCUGAGGCAGAAGGAGCUCCGUCAGAGGAAAGUCAGAGGGCGCAGUGUGCCCAGGAGGAUGCCCGAGAUGCCCUGUCAUGUGGCAGUGAAGAGAGGUUGUCAACCUGUCGUCUUUUCAGGGAAGUGGAACCGGCUGCUCCAUCUCUGGUCCAGCCUCCCUUUUCCUUUGAGGAGGUGGCCGUGUAUUUCACUGAGGCCGAGUGGGCCUUGCUGGCUCCUGGCCAAAGAGCCCUCUACAGGGACGUCAUGCUGGAGAAUUACAGGAGCGUGGCCUCUCUGGCAGCAGAUGUAGAAGAGACUGCUGGAGAAUUCCAAGGGUUCUCUUUGGAAAAAGUCAAGAAUGAAGAUGCCAAAAGACACUUCGGAGAUGGAGAUGGACCCCAGAGACAGCAGGGAAGCCAAGCAGCUGGGGAUGAUGAGAGGAAUGAGGAGGAUGAGGAACUGCAUCCUCUAUCGCCAGGUGAAGUCAAGAAUGAAGACUUGAGAGGAAACUUCAGAAACCAAGUUGGACCUAAGAGGCAGAAAAGAAGCCACAUCAUCCAGAAGAGGGGUAAACCCAUUCCUUGCCAAGGGAGGGAUUUCCAAGACAUAAUUCACAUGGUGAAGGAAACAUACAACUGUUUGGCGUGUGGAGUGAACUUCUUACAUCAGUCCCAGUAUAAUGUCCAUUUACAAAAGCACAGUAGAAAGAAGAUACAUCAGUGGCUGGCGUGUGGAAAUACUAUGAUUCGCAGAGCAGAGCUCCUUAGACUUCAAAGAACACAUAGAGGAGAGAAACCUUAUAGCUGCUCAGACUGUGGCAAGAGAUUCUCAGAGAAAUCAGAACUUGUUCAACACCAAAGGUUUCAUUCAGGAGAGAAGCCUUUUGAAUGCUCACAGUGUAUAAAGAGUUUCAGUAACAGUAGCACUCUUCAAAAGCAUCUAAGAACUCACACAGGGGAGAAGCCUUUCGAAUGCUCAGAGUGUGGGAAGAGAUUCAGUCAGAGUAGCAAUCUUCACAAUCAUCUAAGAACCCACACAGGGGAGAAACCUUUUGAAUGCUCAGAAUGUCGGAAGAGAUUCAGUGAGAGUAGCACUCUUCAAAAACACCUAAGAACCCACACAGGGGAGAAGCCUUUUGAAUGCUUAGAGUGUCGGAAGAGAUUCAGUCACAGUAGCAAUCUUCAAACUCAUUUAAGAACCCACACAGGGGAGAAACCUUUUGAAUGCUCACAGUGUGGAAAGAGAUUCAGUGAGCAUAGCACUCUUCAAAAACAUCUAAGAACCCAUACAAGGGAGAAGCCUUUCGAAUGCUUAGAGUGUGGGAAGAGAUUCAGUCAUAGUAGCACUCUUCAAAAACAUCUAAGAAACCACACAGGGGAGAAACCUUUUGAAUGCUCAGAGUGUCGGAAAAGAUUCAGUGACAGUAGCACUCUUCAAAACCAUUCAAGAACCCACACAGGGGUGAAACCUUUUCAAUGCUCAGAGUGUGGGAAGAGAUUUAGUGACAGUAGCAAUUUUCAAAAACAUCUAAGAACCCACACAGGGAUUAAGCCUUUUGAAUGCUCAGAGUGUGGGAAGAGAUUCAGUGGCCCUAGUGGUCUUCAAAAACAUCGAAGAACCCACACCGGGGAGAAGCCUUUUGAGUGCUCAGUGUGUGCGAAGAGGUUCAGUCAAGGUUGCACUCUUCGAAGACAUCUAAGAAUCCACACAGGGGAGAAGCCUUUUAAAUGCUCACAGUGUGGGAAGAGAUUCAGUGACAGUAGCAGUCUUCAAACUCAUCUUAGAACCCACACAGGGGAGAAACCUUUUGAAUGCUCAGAGUGUGGACAGAGAUUCAGUCAUAGGAGUACUCUUCAAAAUCAUCUAAGAAUCCAUUCAGGGGAUAAGCCUUUUGAAUGUUCAGAGUGUGGGAAGAAAUUCCGUCGCAGCUGCCAUCUUCAAAAUCAUCUACGAACCCACACAGGGGAUAAGCCUUUUGAAUGUUCAGAGUGUGGGAAGAAAUUCCGUCGCAGCUGCCAUCUUCAAAAUCAUCUACGAACCCACACAGGGGAGAAACCUUUUGAAUGCUCAACGUGUGGGAGGAAAUUCACUCAACCCCCCGGUUUUCUGAGCGAGCCGAACAGCCUGGAGGUUCCCCGGGGGGCGCAGCCCUGUGCGGAGUGA